AUUUUAUUUUACAUUUUUUUAACAGUAUUUCAUGCAUUUUAGUGUGUAAAUACUUAGGAUAUUUACAAGGUCAACGCCAAUAACGCCAUAAUUUACGGCCAUGGAUUGAAGAACAUCACAUGUUGGAAGAAAAUUAUCAGAAUCAGAUGCCCUGCAUUCAACGGGGGAAAACAAAAUGCUGACCUUUAAAAGAAGUUUCUAUGAAGAAACAUAAAGCAUCACCAAAUUCAUGACUGUGAAAUGCAGGCAUUUACUUUUACUAUAUUAUUGUUCUUAUUUUUUUUUUUUAACAGAGAAUCAGGUUCCAGAAGCAUGGCUCCAUCAAAAUUAGUAUCUACCAUAUUUUUUGUUAAUGUAAGUCUCACUCAAAAAGGGCAAAUCUUAGUUUUAAAAUAAACCCACUUCGGUUCCCAUGAAAAAGGAUCAAAAACAUAACUCCAAACCUAUCAACUUCUUAUUGUAUUGUCACCUCUCUCUCUUUUUCUUCACUUAUCCUCAAAACCAACCAAAGUUGACCAGCUCUAGAGUCCAGUCACACAAGAAAAAAUUUACUCAUAAUUCAGAAAUAGAGCAUCUCAAAUAUUCCAAAGCUGUCUACAUACGGUUAGGAAUGGUAUCUCUUCUUCAAAGCAAUGUAACUGUUGAUUGGACGGAAGAUUCAACAACCCCAGAAGAGGAAACCAAAACAAAACAAGUACCAACAUCAACACCCACUUCACUCCACCUUAUCUUUCUUCUUCUAUCCCUUGAGUAAGUUCCAAGACUUGUCCUUUUUUCUUAAUUCCAUCCAUCCAACUCACCUUCAUACCAACACAAUCCUCCAUGGAGAAACAACACCAGUACAGCCUUGUGUUAACCUUCAUUACAGUCAUCUCCCUCGGCCUUGCCACCUUCGUUUCAUGUUUUAUUGCUGAGAGUAAGAAAGCACAGAUAAAAGAUCUGAAGGUGGAUGGGAAGCUGUGUUAUUUACCAGGGAGUCAUGCAUAUAAAUAUGGAGUUGUGGCUCUGGUGUGUCUUGGUAUAGCUCAUGUUAUUGGGAAUCUGCAAGUCUGUGGAAACUUUUGUUCAAGAGAGAAGAGACGUAGCAACAAGGCUAAAACACCAGCAGUUGUUACAAUUCUUAUGAUUUUUUCUUGGAUGUGCUUUGGAGUGGCUGCUAUUUUGAUAACUACAGCCACGAGUAUGAGCAGGAGGCAGGCAUAUGGGCAAGGGUGGUUGGACCGAGAGUGCUAUUUAGUGAAAGAGGGUGUGUUUAUUGGCUCAGGGGGUCUAGCGCUGGUUAGCCUAGGUUCAACUUUGGUUGCAGCGUUUUUAACGAGAAGGAAGAGUUAUGUUGAACAAGGUCGAAGAAUACAUGCACAACAGACUGGAUGAAAAUAACAAAAGUAAUACACAAAUGGGCAAUUUUUAAAAGCCAUUCUCAGAGCUUCACCAAGUAAGAGCUACACCAGGCGACGAUAUUUGAAUAAUAAAAGAGGGGGUGUCCAAAGUGGGCACCAAGCUCUUUUGAUCUUCAACAAAAACGACAGAGACAGUUCACUUGUACAAUUGUAUUAUAUUUUCCCACUCAUCUUUGUAUUUGAUUACGAUGGACCUCCCACCAAUACACCGUGGAACCCAUCACCAGAAGGGUUUAUUGUUUUA